AUGGCGACACCGCAAGAUCGGGCGUCGAUUUCGAUACCUGACGAAUACACAAUGUACGAGAAAGAGCCAGGAAGCUUCGAAAAAUUUCUCAUCGGCGAUACCGGAGAAGGAGACCAGAGGAGAAUACUUCUCUUUGGACGUGAAGCCGUAGGCGAUUGGAUUGGCUACUCGCGCAAAGCUUACGUAGACGGGACCUUUUCUUUAUCGCCUCCGUGUUUUUACCAAAUUGUUGCAAUCCUCGCAGAGCGGAACAACUUCGUAAUACCUGUAUGUUACGCGCUUUUACCGGACAAAAGCCAAGCGACUUACGCGCGCAUGAUCGGACUGAUUUGUCAAGCAUGGCCAUCGUUCAAUCCUGCUGUCAUUUCCACGGAUUAUGAAAAGGGUCUCAUCAACUCGUUCAUCGCCGCGUUCCCUGAGGCCCAGAUUCACGGCUGUCUGUUCCAUCUCGUUCAGAAUUUGAAAAAAAACUCGGGGAUCUCAAUUUGCUUGGCAGUUCACAUCGACAAUGCUAUUGCGGAGCUUGCCAUCGCACUUCCUCAGGAGCUGAUGCCCGCCUUGAAGUACUUCGAAGAUAAUUACGUGGGUUCUUUGCUUCACAUACUUCCCGAUGGGUCCAUUGUCAGGCGGGAUCCCCUCUUCUCAUCCAGUAUUUGGUCUGUAUACUGGCGUACAUUGGAGGGUGAUUCUAGAACCAACAAUUAUGCUGAAGCAGCGCACAGGAGGCUCCAAACCGAAUUCGGAGUUAGCCACCCGAAUUUAUGGCGCUUCAUCGAUGGUUUGAAGAAAGUACAGCACCACCGAGAUAUGCUCUUAGCUCGAUUUGAGAGUGGUGCUCAACCGCCAGCGAAGCGUAAGAAGUAUGCCAACAUCGAUAAGAAAUUGUUCGAGUUAGUGAACAAUUUUAAUUCCUACACUGUCGUUGAGUAUCUGAGAGGGUGUGCUUCAAAUUUCACUAUGGAACCAUAA